AUGAAGUUCACCACUCUCGCCACCCUCGCCCUCGGCGCCGUCUCCGCUCUCGCUGCCCCAGUCACAGAGCUCGAGUCCCGCCAGCUCUUCUGCAGGGACGUGUACGUCUUCUUCGCUCGUGGAACCGGUGAAGUCGGCACCUUGGGUACCGUCGUUGGUCCUGGCCUCAGUGCAGCGGUCAAGCUCGCUGUUCGGGACUCUGUCGAGUUCGAGGGCAUUGACUACCCCGCCCUCGUCUCCGGCUACCUCGCUGGUGGCGACCGUGGUGGUGCCCGCACCAUGGCAAACAAGGUCUCCCAAACCGCGUCCCGCUGCCCCAACGCCAAGAUCUUCAUCUCCGGCUACUCACAAGGUGCCCAGGUCACCCACCUCGCUGCUCGCCAGCUCUCCGCUGCAGACCAGGCGAGAGUCACUGGUGUCGUCACUUUCGGUGACCCAUACAGGGAUGAUGCUCUCCCCGGUGGCCUCCAAAGCCGCAGGAAGACCUACUGCAACGUCGGUGACCUCAUCUGUGCCGGCCUUCCUACCCUCCUUGCUCCCCACUUUACCUAUGGAUCGGACACCCCCGACGCUGCUCGAUGGAUCGCCGCUCGCGUUUAG